GUUACUUAUUUUUUUGCCGUACAUAUAUAUAUUAACAAGUUUCGUAAUUUAUAAUAGUAAUAUUUACAAGUUUCCUUAGUCAAAAUAUAUAAACGAGAUUAUAAUUAUAAUUAAAAUAGUACAUACAGGACUUCAAGAGGAUCUUACUGAUCUUAUCACGAAGCCCUUACAAGUGAAUAAUAUAUAUUAUAUUCAAUAUAGGUAAUAUAUUAUAUAUUAAGUACAACUAGUUGUAUUAAAACUACUCGAAUAUUAAAGUUAACUUUAAUAUUCUUCAAUUAGAAUAAACUCAAGAUAAAAUAAAAAUUAACAAAAACAAGAUGCAAGAUAAUAACUGAAACUUAUUUUUCAAUAUGUUUCGGUUAUCUUGAUCACAAAUAGAUUUAUUUUUGGUUGUUAGUUUGUUGUAUAAAUAAGGACCCCGAUAUGAAAUAGAAAAUUGGGAGAGUUUUGUUUUUUUGAAUGGUGUGAUAAAGUUACCUGUUUCUCUUGUAUUAUAUUUAUUAACGUUAUUUAUAAAGAAAUUAUUUGUGAAGUGGUAUGGUACUUGGCCUAAUUUAAAUUUUAGCAUGAACAAUAUAUUUUGGUAUAUGUUAAUUUGAUAAAUGUUAAGCAUUAAAAUUUAUAAAAAAAUAUAUCGUUUUCAUAUAAAUCAUUCGCAAAGAAGUUAUUUUCAGUUUUAAAAGUUUUAAAAACGUCUAAACGCAACUUUUCAAAAUCAAUUGUUUCAAAGUCAUUAGCCUUGACGAAAAAGAGUAUUAAAUUUAGAAUUUUUCAAUAGAAUUCGAUAAAUAUAAAAUUAUUUUUGAAAAUCUCGACUAAAAAUUUUUUCAUAUUUUAAAAUACUUACUGACCUGGGAACAUUAUCUUACAUUUCUAUAUCCGUUUCUAAAGUAAACAAAGUUUGUUUCGCAAAUAUGGCGGCGGCAACUAAUGAAAGCAACGUUUCUGUCAAACAUUUAACUGGAAAGUUAAGCAAGCAUUUUGUUUUCAAGUUGAAUGCUGAUGGUAAAGUAGACGAAGGUAACAAAAUAUACUGCGUUCACUGCAAUAAACAGUUCGCUUUCCGUGGCUCAAACACAUCGCUGACUUAUCACCUUCAGCACAAGCAUCCUCUGAAAUAUCAACAGGUUGUCGACAGUGAACGUAAGAUGACCCCUCAGGUAAAAUCAAUCACCAAUUUCUUUACGUGUCAGUCAAACAAGCCUGUCAGUGAAAAGGUCUCAGCCGGCCUUAAGGUGGCAAUAGCUCAUUGGAUUGCCAGUUCUGGACGUCUGAGAGCAAUUGUAGAAGAUUCUGGACUAGAGGCGGUGCUUCGUAUUGCCCUUCAAAACAAGACUUACACUUUGCCCAGUCGCCGUACAAUCGACACUGUCAUUGGAGAGAUGUACAAUGAGAAGUUGAAUGAGCACAAGAAAGCUCUAGAAUGCAUUCAUAGUAUUGCUCUAACUACUGACUUUUGGACCUCCACCAACAAUGAAUCGUACUGUGGGAUAACAGGUCAUUGGAUUGAUUCUGAGUGGAAACUGGUGUCUGUCGCUUUAGCUUGCAUAAAUGUUGAAGAAAGGCGCACUGCUGAUAAUGUUGCCAGUUUCUAUGAAGAGUUUGCCGCAACGUAGAACAUUGCUGAAAAAAUUAGCUGUAUCGUAACGGACAGUGCACAAAAUAUGGUUGCUGCUAUAGGACGGACGAAUUACAGCCAUAUACCGUGUAUUGCACACUGUCUUCAACUGAACAUACUAGCAGAAUGUCAAAAUUUGUCUCGGUAUUGGGUCCACUUGCAGAUGCUACUGAGUAUAUUGGUAGUGAACAGUAUGAUACAUGUUCGGCUGUACUUCCGUUAGAAGCAUUUUUGCGCAGACUUCUUCGGGUUAAUGAUUACGAUCCAGGGUAUAUAGCACGUUUCAAAUCUGCAACACUGAAUGACUUCUCAGGUCGCAUUGAAAAUAUUGAUGCAUUGCCAACGUUGCAAAUGGCUGUGGCAUUAGACCCACGUUACAAGAAACUCGGCUGUCUCUCAAGAGAGAAACGUGAAGCAGUUUGGACAAUACUUUCUAAUGCAUUUCGGGUGUACUGUGACCAAAGACAGAGAGCUGAACGUGAAACUACUACCAGCACUUCGAUUUCUGUAUUUACACAAAAAUGUUGUAAAUACAGAAAUCGAUUUCUUUAUAGAUUGCAUUUACUGAAAACGGUUAC